AUGACUCGUGCUACCUCAAUCGCUCUCAUUGCUUCCCUCGCUGGUGCCGUCUUCGCUACUGAGAAGGUCGGUGACUGUGCCGUCGAAAACGUCAAGUGCUGUAACGAAAUCAAGGACGUCAAGGAUCUCGACGAAGGAACUGCCUCUCUCAUAGAUAUCCCAGAACUUCUUGGUCAAGUUGGUCUCCAAUGUAGCCAAGUACCUGUCCUCAGUGUUGCCAUUCAAGAUAUGUGUAAGACUACCACCAGCUGUUGUGAAGGUACCACCCAAAACGGUCUCAUCAACAUCAACUGCUCUCCAAUUCCACUUGUUUAA